GUUAGACACAGAGGGCACAGCAUCACCGAGCAGCCCCUCCGGCCAAAGGGAACCUCCGAGGCUGACCCACACGACAGACUCACCGGACGCUUCAGUCACACCCGGUUUAAGAGUUUUCCUGAGUGAGCAGAGACGUCUUAGGGCCUAUUCCCUGUUACUUGGGAGGUGCUGUCGGGAUGAGUGGAAUGGCAAAGGUCGACAUAAUGGCAGACAGUGACUGUUCCACUACUAAAUUUAUCUGCGUCUGCAAGAAUGCCUACUACUUUGAGGGGCCUCAAUGUGCCACUGAGGAUGAACCUGAUAAACGCAUUGAGGAGGAUCGUUUCCAGGCCUCAAAAACCAGCGUGAAGUUGCUUCGGUGCUAUGACAACAAGUUCCUGAUUUUAAGUUACAAUGGCCUGUUUGAGAAACUGGAAUUAACAGCACAAGGCCAACAUUGUCCUGACAACAAGUUCUGCCUCCAGUUUUACAACAGCGACGAUUUGAGAAAAGGGAUACCCGUCAUGCUGUACGCCAUCAAAUCUGAUAAGAAGUUGGUCGCAUGCUGCAAUGGCAGUGAUGGAAUUUAUCCAGAGGAAAUGGAAAUCAAAAACUUCAUUGAGGAAUCGAAACACAAGGCUUUGUUCUACAUGAUCAAACAGGAAGGAUCUAACAAAUACAUGUUCGAGUCUUCUUUGUACGAGAAUAAAUACCUGGGACUGGAACCCGAUAAGUCGGAACCCUCUGUGGUCAAACUGGUUUUACGAAUGUAUGACCCAGACAACCAUAAUGAUGCGCUUUCACCAGAAUAAUGGAUAUAAAAAAAGCUACUUUGCCACCUGUUUAUAAGUUACGCUUUUCUUACUUCAAGCAUUCCUGAUUGUUACGACCCAUAGAUGCGUUUAGGUGUCAGUCUGUGGGUGUGUCAUUUUAUCUGUGCAUGAGUGGGUAAUAUCUUGCAAGUGCGGAGCCAGAUCCCAUGCACGGAUUGGACCAGCCAGCCGGAGGUGGAACAAUAAAAAUGACAAAGCUGGGCCGGUCUAUCGUUGCCGUUCCUCUAACCCCACACUUUGUCUUGAUUCUGCCUUUGUUCCUGGUUACAGCAGUAGGGGUGGGCUGCCGAUUUCUUUCGCCUUGUUUUCUCAUGUUUAAGUAAGGGCGGUUAGACUUUGUAUUUUGGUUUCUUUUCUUUUGUAGGUCAGCCUCACUUCCUGGGUUAGUAAAGUUAUGUUUGUUAUUUUGGCCUGAGCCCACCCUGAAGACCAAGCUGCCGUUUUGUUGAGUUUUCAUUACCUGUCUUUAUACACUUUGUAAAUAAAUCACUUAUUUGUGAAAAUGCA